UAGCCGUGCGGGAUGCUGAAUUCGUAGAAGAGAUUCAGUCGUAUUGCCUGGGCUCUCUCUGUCGCACGGCUAACGCCCGGACGGAGUGUGCGAGGCUGCAUCCUCGUGCUGCAAGAGGAGCCCCGAUUUCCUCCCUCGGCGAGAGCUCUUCGUCGCGGCGAAAAGGAAAUCGAGACGCACACGGUGGGAUGGAUACGUCCGCGUGAAAGGGAUGCGCUACGUGAUUUUGCAGGGGUAGCCGGUGUUACAGAGCUUACACAUCCGGAAGCAGACGAGAGUACGGUCCGAAGAGGAGAAUGGGAGUGUACGUGACAGGCGUAAUCGGCGUGAUCGUGUUCUAUGUCGCGGUGCUGGCCGUUGGCAUAUGGGCCGCCGCGUUCAAGAGGAGGCAAGUUGCGCAGGGCCACUUCCAGGCUGACAUGAUGCUGGCAAACCGACGUCUCGGUCCGUUGCUCGGUGUCUUCACCCUUAUCGCGACAUGGGUUGGAGGAGCCUUUGUUAAUGGAACCGCCGAGGCCAUGUUUACGAGGGGUUUAGCUUGGUGUCAAGUACCCAUCGGAUACAGCCUUAGCCUGAUUUUCGGCGCCAUGCUCUUCGUGCGUCCGAUGAGGAAGGCCGAGUAUGUGACGAUGUUGGAUCCUUUUCAAGAACGGUACGGCGCGGGCAUCGGGGGCUUGCUCUUCCUUCCGGCGCUGUGUGGUGAUCUAUUCUGGUGCGGCGCCGUUCUAAGAGCUCUAGGAAGCUCGCUCGCCGUCGUUGCAGGCGUCGAUCCGAACAUCAGUGUUUGCGCGUCCGCGCUCUUGGCGGCCAUAUAUACAGUCUUCGGCGGAUUGUAUUCCGUGGCGUGCACCGACGCUCUCCAACUGCUGUGCAUUCUGCUGGGUUUAGUGAUAGCUGCGCCGUUCUCCAUGGUACAUCCUGCGGUAUCAUUUGAAAAUCAUCUGACCCCGAGGGACUGGCUGGGACACGUGAAAAGUGAGGACAUGGGCGAAUGGGUGGACGGCAUGCUGUUGCUGGUGUUCGGUGGUAUACCUUGGCAGGGUUAUUUUCAACGAAUCCUAAGUAUUAAGAGUACUUCUGUUGCAACGACUCUAUCAAUUGCCUCGAUGUUCGGUUGCUUGAUACUCGCAGUACCAUCAGCUUUAAUUGGAGUAGUUGCUCGUGCCACCGAUUGGUCCUCGGUACCAGGUUAUAACAGAACGUUCACCACGGAGGACGGAAACGCCGCGAUGCCGAUGGUCCUGCGAUAUCUCACGCCUCAAUGGGUAUCUUUUGUUGGUCUCGGUGCGAUCUCGGCGGCAGUAAUGUCUUCGGCAGACUCCAGUAUACUCGCUAGUAGUUCUAUGUUUACCAGGAAUGUUUACAAACUCACGAUACGACCAAAAGCGUCCGAACGUGAGCUAAAUUGGGUCUUAAGAAUUGCCGUAAUCGCGGUUUCCAUACUGUCUACUCUCGUCGCUCUUACGGUCAGCAGUGUUUACUAUCUUUCGUAUUUGUGCGCCGAUCUCGUCUAUGUCGUUCUGUUCCCGCAACUAUUAGCCGUUAUCCAUUGGCCUACUAUGGUGGAUACUUACGGCUGUUUGGCGGGAUAUUUUAUCGCUAUCGUCUUGCGUCUCGGUGGUGGUGAAAGAGGACUUGGCAUACUCCCGUUGAUCGAAUAUCCGUUCUACGAUAAGAAGACGCGCACCCAGAAGUUUCCCUUUCGCACUGCCGUCAUGAUGAUAGCCCUCUUCACUCAACUCUUCACUAGUUUUCUCACCAGAACUCUACUUGGCAAAGGAUACUUUCCGCAAUGUUGCGACGUACUGAACAUAUACUCUCCCAAGAAGUCCAAGGAGCCGGGCGUUAUGCAGAGCAGCUCCGGCGCCACUCUCAUGGAUUCAUCCUCGAAAUCGACAUCGGGUAUAGAUUCCUGCGAUGGCGUCGGCACAUGCGUUUACGACGACGAAAGAACCUGCGGCCACGAGGACGCGGUCGAUCGCGGCGAUGAUAACGCGAUGACCAACAACGAUCUUGCCGAGCUGUCGAAGGCAAAGAGCAUCGGGACGUCGGUUGUGCAACGAGCGAACCAGAAUCUACAAAAUCUGCGUAGCGCGAUGCCUACGCCGGCGCGACACGUCUCCAUGGCGAGUCCGGUGUACACGCCGAUACAGAACGAUGCAUGCAGAGAACAGAUUCUUGCGGUGAGGAAUCUGCGGAGUCCUCUUGGUCCCCAAGGCGGAGUACUCUCGCCCACCCGGUCGAUCGGUAUGCCGGCGACUCCGAUCACUCCGUGUGCUCCUUCUUACGCCAAAGUGGGCUGCGAGCUCGGGCCCAGCAACGAGAAGCCGCGGAACAACGACAGGAUGAGCAUCGUCGAGAGAAGCAACAUGGAGUACAAUUUAAACGCUCAAGAGAACCCACCCGCCAGCGUAGGUCCUAGGAAGAGCGUCAAGGGCGUGAAGCUCGUCGGUAUGGAGGGCGGCACGUUACGGAGACCGUCGCUGCAGCUUCCCAUACAUAGCUCCCAUGAGACGACAUUUUGUGCCGCGUGUCCUCAGAGCACAUUCUCACCGACACCGUCGGUGGAACUAGUCAACAUUCUGGACAGAAGACAGAGCAGCAGCUCGUACGGACCAGGUUCUCUAUCCCCCGUGCCGUCGAUGGGGGUAGAGGCAUGCAAAACUCAUGGGACCGCGGCUGAAGGACAGAGCGGGCCUGAUCAUUGCAAGAUAAAGAGGGGCAUCGUGCGACAUCACAGCUUCAAUGACACGGGCGACCGAGUGGCGUUGACAACGCUCGCCAGACAGCCGAAUUAUCCAUCGAUGCCACUAAGGCCGGAUGAUUGCCGUAUGACAUUAGCAAGGAAGGACAAGCGCCUGGCCACAAUUGGCAGGCACUCGUCGAUGACGAACGAAACGGAGCUCAGCAACACGAGCAGCCUGAUUGUCAGUCCCACCUUCAGCAUGUACAGUUCUGCCGCGAAAAGUUCUAAUUAUUUCGUCACCGAUGACGAAGCCGUCAGCAGGUUCUAAAACCGGGUUCCGUAACUAAUAGGAUCUCCAGAACCGAAAACGAUAUUUAUGGACUUUAUGAAGUCGAAAUUGACACGUUCAGCUGGUGCAAAAUAUCGUUCCGUAGUUUCCAUAGUUUUUCCAUUCAUCAAUUUAUAUAUAUUUUUUUUUAGAUAGGAGGUAGAGAAUAAAAUUAAAAGCAUGAGGUUUUGUAUAAA